CCGCGGUCCUCCAAAUCCAGGGUCCCUGGUCAGCCCCUACCACUCCUCUGCCUUGCAGACUCCUUUGGACAGAUGAUCGGCCUUCUCCCAGAUCCCCCAGGUCGGGGAAAAGAUGAAGCCCAGGGGCAGAGCCAAGCCUGGUCUUGAGGAAGGCAGGGCAGCCCCCUCUCUGCCUGUGAGACAAGCGCUUCCGAGCAGGGUCCCUUCCCCCUCUCCUUCCCCAAUGCAGACCCUGAGCCCUGGUUCACCCCCAGCCAGCUGGCCUCAGAGGCUGGGAGGGCUACGGUCAUCCCCAUUCCCCCACCCUGCCCUGCAUGUUCUGCACAGCCUGGCCCGGGCCCUGCUCUUCCCUGCCUACUGGGCCCUGGACAGGCUUCUGGUCUGUUGUGUGCCCACUCCCCGCACUCCAUUCCCCCUUUGUACUCCCUUCCCAAGGGGGCUGUAUCAUUUUCUGGUCACCCUGCUAGGAGCUUUAGCUGCCCUGCUGCUGCUGCUAGCAGCUCUACCCCUGCUGCUCCUGGGCCUGCUUUUCUGGUUACCUCUGCAGUACUGUCGACGCCCCUUCUGCUACCAGCCACCACCUGGCAACUGGACACCUCCCUCACCCUGGUAUCCCCUAUCAGACCCACACCGAAGCUUUGGCUUUCUCAGCGCCAACCUCUGCUUGCUGCCCGAUGGUCUUGCCCGAUUCAGCAACCUGCAGCACAGUCAGAAGCGGGCAGAGUGGAUGGGCACUGCCCUUCUUAGAGGAGCCAAAGGGCCAAGCUAUGGGGCCACAGGUUCCAGUCCACCCCAGACUGGUUCCCUGGUAGGGGAGUUGAUAUCAGCCCUACCCGGUAGCCUGGACUUUGUGUGCCUUCAGGAAACAUUCGAUGUACGGGCAGCAAGCAGGCUGGCCCAGCGCCUGGCAACCGCCCUCGGCCCUGUGAUAUAUGAUGUGGGGACCACUGGCUUCCAUUCAGGGCCUCAGCUCAAACUCCUGGGUAGUGGGCUCUUGCUGGUCUCCCGAUACCCCAUGCUGAGUGCCCGCUUCUUACCCUUUCCUAAUGGCCGGAGAGAGGAUGCACUUGCCUCUAAGGGAUUACUCUCUGUUCAGGUGCAGCUGGGCAUGCUGGACAGGCGGAGGAUUGUGGGCUACCUGCACUGUACCCACCUACACGCCCCUGAGGGAUUACAGGAUCUGGCUGGGAGAGAAGGGGAGGAAAGGGCAGCAGGUCCCGUGGCCCAUUGCCUGCCUUCCCCAGAGGAUUGGGCCAUUCGCUGUGAGCAGCUUUCACUCCUGCUGGGCUGGGCUGAGCAGUUUGAAGCACAGAGUAACAAGGAGGAUGAUGCUGUUGCCUUCAGUGUACUUAUGGGUGACCUUAAUUUUGACAACUGUUCUUCAGAUGAUGCCCAGGAACAAGAGCAUGAACUGUUUACCCACUUCACAGAUCCCUGUAGGUUGGGGCCAGGCCAGGAACAGCCCUGGGCUAUAGGAACCCUGCUGAGUGCGCCAACGCUACACUGCCCAGUGGCCUGCUCUCCUGAGCAACUGAGAAGUGCUCUGGAGCAGGAGGAUGGGAGAAGUAUGUACUUUGCACGUCCUCUCCCUGGGACCCUCCCCUCGACAUCCUGGCAGGGCAGAAGAAUAGAUUAUAUCUUAUAUAGGAGAGAGCCUAAUACCCUUCUCAUUCCAACCGUAGAGCGAGUGACUUUCAGCACAGGCCUGGCAGGCCUCACUGACCAUCUGGCUGUAGGGCUACGGCUCCAGGUGACCACGGAGCCCAGGACGUCAGACCCAGGCAAGGCCAACCUACAGAAGGACCAACAGACUGAACAAUGAAAGCAGCAAACUGUGACCUUGGCUCCUCCCUGGCCCCACCUCUCUGGUAUGGGGGCAACUUCAGGGAUCUUUAUUGUUGCCCCACAGGGUGCUCACCACCCCACCCCUCACACACCCUCCUGUGCCUGUCGGUACUCAUAGACGCUGCCUCGUUCAGGAAAGCAGGUGGAAUGGGGUGGGGAGCCAGAGACGGGGGCUGGCUCCUCAGGGUCUCCGUAGCCACCUCCACCAGGUGUCUUCAGGCAGAAGGCAUCCUAAAGUGAUACAGAAAGAAAAGCCUGAGCCUGGGGGAGAGAAGAUGAACCUUCCUUCCCACCUUUUCCUCCAGUUUUAUUCUGGGGGCUCCUUUUUUAUACUCUUCCCUUUCCUUAAUGGAGCCAAAUUAAACAAUAAACACCAGCAGUUCUGAG